AUGGCGGGGACCUCGUUCUUCACCGGUAUACUUCGGCGCUGCGUCUCCCGAAACCCUAGUUCCACUACUGGAGCACUGUCUACUGGUUGCUUCCUCAGGACGGUGUCGUCCGGCCCCAUGAGGAGUGCGGACGCCGGGGAGGUGCCCACGUCUCUCGCGUUGCCGGAGGACAGCCUGCGAGAUAGGAUCUUCCGGCUGCGUUUCCCAAAGCGGAGUGCCACGGUCGCCCUCGAGAAGUGGGUCGGCGAAGGGUGGAAUGUGACAGCGGGGGAGCUUCGUCGCAUUUCGAGGGAGCUGCGCAGAGCGCAGAGGUACAAGCAUGCCCUCGAGGUUAGUAUGAUUUUUUUACUUUUUUUUCUUUCUCUCUCGUGUUCGUUUUGCUUUGGAUAUAUUUGGUUCUUUUUCCUGUUUCUAGUGAUCUGCUGUCAUUUAUGUGAAAAUUAUGGGAUUACUCUCUUCUGAAAUCUACGUCCGGAUCUAUCGUACCUUUCCAAAUUACAAAAAAUGUAGUGAAGCUGAUGAACACGAUUAUAAUGCAAUACUGCGUCAUAUAUUUAGUGUAGACGAUUAUACAAUUUGGAGAACGAAGAAAUCGUCCUGUACUCGUUAGUAUUCUACAUAUUGGGACAAUGUGGAUGAGGAUGUGGUGUAGAUAUGAGAUGGGGAUCACAAGGAAGAUGGAGGGAGAUAAAGUGGUAACCUUAUGGGACGAGAUUUUAUCUGCCUUUCUACGAACUGGCUGAAGUAGAUACUUGCCCGGCCCAGAAAGAAGAGAACCUUGAUUUUUGGGAGAGAAUAAUAAGAAUGAAUGCAGGUAUGUCUGAGGGAGAAACAGUGCUGUGGGUGGGGGGGGAUGGCGUGCCUCAAAGCACUGGCUUGACCCCCCAUUGGCUACGUAGUCUGCUAUGUUACGAUCUGAGAUGCCUCUUGUAUGCCUAAAAGAGAACCAAGACACUAUUAAUUUCGGGGAUGUCAGAUUGCCUGGACAGGCGUAAACAGUACCUCCCCAGAAGGAUUUGAUAAUCUCGUAGGGUACUUUAUGAAGCACGAAUUAAAACGUUGACUUUAAAUUCGAAGGGUUCUGAAUAUUUGUGAGGUGGAUAAUUUCAAAGGGUUGACUUUGGCUAUUUAUAUGAAAAUUUUGAUUGCAAAUUUAUUUUGAUUGCAAAUUUUGGAUAAUUAUGUGAAUUACCUGGCAGAGAGUCACACGUUUCUUGGUAUCUAAUAAGCGGGACCCUUGAUUGUCUACGUUUUAUCUCUUGUGGAUAAUAUGCCUCAUAUCAUAAACUCUUACGUGCGAAUCUAAUAAAACUGCAUUUGCUCAGUCCUUUAUCAUUUCAUGUAUCAUGUAAUGGAGGCCUUCUGCUUCUCUUGGAAUGCCCCCUGCAAAAAAAGAAAGAGCUCACUCAUGAUUCAAAUAUAAAAUUUUCCACGUAGUCUAGUGGAUAGACGCCUUUUCUAUGCACAUGAUGGAGAAUAAUGGGAUGUUCAUAGAAUCAAGUUUGUUGUGAUAACACAAAUCUCAUAGCUUCUAUGUUGGUUUAGUUUUCCGGACAACUUAUGACACAGUCCAAUAAGCUGGAUGAACAUUUUUCACAUGAAUGCCCUAGGAUUAAGCAAGGUGCGAACCAUCCAAUUUGUUCAGUAAGACGUAAGCGAAGGCUCUCAUUUCAGCAAUGUAGGAUGAUGACUCUACAAAAACUAUUGAAUGGAAAGUUAAAAAAAUAUCCUAGAGUACUCAAGAUUAAGAGGACUCUGUAGUAGCCUUCUAGCUUGAGAAAGGAACCUUAAAAAUUAAUGCUCAAGUUUCUAGGAUAGCCAGCUCGAAAAGACCUGCCUUAAGCUUCUGUGAACCUUUCAUAUAUAGACGACAACUUUGUUUGCUAUCAGUUGAUGGUCAUCUUAAGUUGCUUAUGCUUGAAAAUGAAUAGUUUUCAUCAUGAAAUUGCACCUGAGAAGAGAUAUAGGUCGACUUCAUUUAGAACUUUCUUAUUGACUGAAAUUUGUCAAGUCGACCUGGACAUUUGACAUGCUGACCUGACUGUAGACUCGAAUUACUGUGAUAUUAAGAGUCUCAAUUUAGCACAUAAUAUGUCAAUCAAUUCGUCAUCUUGAAGAACAUGUUUGAGAAUUUAACUAUCACUAGAUCUGAAAAAUUUUCUUUUGCAUCACAGGAUGCAAGUUUUAUACCAAAUAUCAGUAAUAAUUUAAACAAUAAACAUAGGUUUUCUCCUCAUGAAAAUACUUACAUUCCAGAUAAUCAAACUCCAAAAAAUAUUUGCUCAUGUGUUGAGGCUUGGAAGGUAGGAAAGCCUACCUUUACUUCAAUAUAACAUCCAGCACUAAAUGAUCUUUUUUUCACCAUCUUUCUGCAUCUAGUGCUUAGUAAAAGGUUGUUUUAAGGAAACAUUGUGCAGUUAUGUUUUACGUCCCAUCGUCAGCUACGAUUCAACUGUUUUUCGAGACAAUGAUUUCUGAUGUUAUCUUGGAUCAUAAUUGCUCCUUCUUAAUAAAUCUCGAACUCUGAAAUGCUGAUGUAUCUUUUUGUGUGCAAAUUUUGGGAUUAUAUUAAGAAUUCAUAGUUCAGUGUGAUGGCAGACAUUAAUUUUUGUGUAUUCAGAAAAAUAAAUUCGAUAACCUAUGAAACUUUCGCGAGUUUGCAGAUAUCUGAGUGGAUGAUAUCUCAUCACGAGCGUGAGUUGUCAACAAACGACUAUGCAGUGCGGAUAGGCUUAAUCUCUAAGGUUUUUGGUGUUGCAUCCGCCGAGGAGUUCUUUGAAGGUCUCCCAUCAACAGCAAAAACAUGCGAGACGUACACUGCUCUCCUCCAUGCCUAUGCUAGUGCCAAACUUGUGGAGAAGGCUGAAUUUUUGUUUGACAAGAUGAAGGAAUUAAGGAUCACGAUAAAUACUCUUACAUUCAAUGAGAUGAUGACGCUGUACAUUUCAGUUGGACAGGCUGAGAAAGUUCCCUUAGUUGUUGAGCAACUGAAAAGUAGCAGUGAGUCGGCAGACAUAUUUACCUACAAUCUCUGGAUAAGUGCAUAUGCUUCCACAAUGGACAUUGAUGGUGUGAGAAGGAUUCUUGAUGAGAUGUCCUGUGAUCCCAACGGUGACAAUGGCUGGAAGACGUACAUCAAGUUGACUGACAUAUAUAUUUCUACAAGCCAUCUUACAAAUAUGACCCAUUCUCCAGUUGAGGCUAAAAAUAUCACACAGAGAAUGAUAACGUACGAUUUCCUCGUGAUUUUGUAUACGGGUCUGGGUAACAAGGAGCAAAUUGAUGAGAUAUGGAAAUCCUUACGGAUGACUUUCAAGAAAAUUGCCAACAGAACUUAUGUCUGUAUUCUUUCUUCCUAUCUUAUGCAUGCACAUUUGAAAGAAGCUGGAGAGAUCCUGGAUCAGUGGAAAAAAGAAAAGGACUCGGAGCUUGGCAAUUCCAUAUGUGACUGGCUGUACAAUGCUUUUCUGAAAGCUGAUUUGACAUCUGUAGCAGAGACAUUCCAUCAGUUGCUGUCAGAGAGAAAUCCUGAGCUUCUUGAUGUUCCUGAGAAAUCAUGAACUCCACUGUCAAAUCUGUAAUUUUUGGACGACAGAUCAAAUUAUUUUGGUCAUAUAACUGAGGAUGAGAAAAUGGAGGGCAAGAAUUCUCUCAAAGUUGAUAUUCUCUUAUGACGCGUUGCAUGAACAGUUCUAGAUGACGUUUUGACUUUCGUCUUUGAAAUUUUCAGAAGGCUAUUUAGUGAUGUUUGGAUUUUCCAGUAGCUAUUUUCCAAUUUAGAAGGGGGAUUGGAAGUGGAUUUUUUUUUUUUUUUUGGCAGUUUCAAACCAUUCAUACUUAAUGGUGUGUUCUCAUGUUCAUGAUUCUGCUCACUAUGGUGACUACUUUUGAUGGGAAUCAAUGCCCAUUUGCUAGGAAAGAAAGUAUGCUAUUUGUAGCCUCUUUGCCCCCAGCGUGUACCACAUGGAUAUUUACACAAAUAAUAUUUCCUUGUUCAAACUUUUGUUUUUCCUAUGAUUUUGUUAGUGACAAUGCAAAGUGACGCCUGUGUUAUUUUCAUUUCACUGAAAUAACUUUUUUUUAUCAAAGUCCCCGUUUUUUUUAAUCUUUGGUGAUCAUUGUAUUAUCAAUUUCUUUUAUCUGCAGGAUAGCUAAGCAAUCCAAUCUAAGUAUAUCCUUCAUCAUGCAGAUUCUGACAUGGAUGGAAUCCCAUGGCAGCUUCUCAGUAACGCCAUCUGAUUAUGCCCAAAAGUUAGAAUUGAUUGCUGAAGCCCAUGGCUUACAGGAGGCAGAGGCCUACUAUGCAAGUAUACAUUGUGAUGCUCCAUUGGAUGCCACUUCUCUUUCGCUUCUCCAUUACUAUGUAAAGGAAAGGCGGAUGACUGAAGCUGAGGCUCUCAUGAUGAAGCUUAAGAAAAUGGGUCUGUCAACUCCUCAGCCUUUCAAUGAUAUGAUGAAGCUUUAUAUGGCCGUGGGUCAAUAUGAGAAGGUUCCACUUAUAAUUCAGGAGAUGAAACGUGAUAUGAUCCCCCUGAACGUACUCUCAUACAACAUUUGGAUGAAUGCCUCUAAUGAGAUAUCUUCUGUGCCUUCUGUGGAGGAAGUGUACAUGGAAAUGGUCAACGACAGCAAUGUGGAGGUGGGUUGGAGCACAUACUCUACUUUGGCCAACAUCUACACAAAGCAUGGUCUAAAGACAAAGGCCUUUGCUGCUCUGAAAGAUGCUGAAGACCGGCUAUCUAUGAGAAAUCGUCUGGGUUUUUUCUUCCUCAUCACCAUCUACGCUGCUCUUAAUGACCGAAACGGCGUUCGGAGACUGUGGGAAACCAGCAAGAAGGUGGCGGGGAGAAUCACUAGUGCAAACUAUAUGUGCAUAAUCCUUUGCUUAGUGAAGGUUGGUGAUAUUGGAGAAGCCGAGAAGGUCUUCUUGAAAUGGGAGUCAGAGUGUAGAAAAUAUGAUAUCAGGGUGCCCAAUGUGCUGCUGGGUGCCUAUGUCAGAAAGGGCUGGAUGGACAGAGCAGAGAGCUUGCACUCACACACACUGGCGAAGGGUGGGCAGCCGAACUACAAGACGUGGGAGAUUCUGAUAGAGGGCUGGACUGCAAGCAAGCAGAUGGAUAAAGCUGUAGAUGCCAUGAAGAAAGGGUUCUCCUUGUUAAGAUUCUGUGCAUGGAGGCCGUCUGAUGAGGUCAGGCUGUGCAUCAUGGAGCAUUUUGAGGAGCAGGGGGACGCCGACGAGGCCCGGAGGUACAUAAAGGCUCUGCGUCGACACAGGCUCAUGACUCUGCCAUUGUACAAGUCAUAUCUACGAACAUGUGUUCGUGCUCAGAGAUCAGUUCCCAAUGCCCUUAAGAUGACCCGGGUGGAUAGAGUUGACUUAGAUCAGGAAGCAUUGACUCUUAUCCAAUGUGUAGGCGAGCUGGGGGUUGACUUAAAAGAGAAUCAGCCUUUGCCUGAGGAUGGGAAAAUGUGA